GUGGGGAGCGGUGACGUUUCACAAGGGACGACAGGGGCCAGCGGGGAGGAGGAAGGUUGUGAAGGUCCCGGCGGGCCUGAGUCUGGCGGGCGGCGGCCGGCGCGUCCGACGAUGACCCGUGGGAACCAGCGUGAACUUGCCCGCCAGAAGAACCUGAAGAAGACUCAGGAGAUCCACAAAGGGAAAAGGAAAGAGGAUAGCUUGUCUGCUUCUCAGAGAAAACAGAGAGACUCUGAAAUUAUGCAGCAAAAGCAAAAAGCCGCUAAUGAGAAGAAGUCUCUGCAGGCAGGGGCAAAAUGAGCUGUCUGUAUGGAGAAGAUAGUGUGCACGGAUGAAGCAGAAGGGUCUAGAAGAUAUUCAUAAAAGCGUCUGGCCAUUAAAUUGAUUAAACGUCUCAUCUUGCAGAGUUGUUCAACUAGCAUUAGUUUAGAGUAUUUUCUGGUUAGUGUAGGCUUAGUUGUCUGGAGUGCUGUUUCAAAACUGACUACACUUUUCUGCGUGCAUGUGAAUAAAAGUACCAAGCAAUAGCUUUACUCCAGCUUUUGUGCAGUUGUUGGUUUCCCUUAACAGUUCCUGUAACAAUGACUUUCUGAAUCUACAGUUAGACCAGGUUUUCCUGUCUUAAUUAUUGAAGUAUAGCUUCAUGCAGAAUGGAACACACUUGUAAGAUGUGCUUAACCUGAACUGUAAAUCUCAAAUUAUUUUUACAAUAAAAUAUUGCACAAAGUA